GGCGCCAUGUUUUGGAAGUUUGACCUGCACACAAGCUCUCACCUGGACACGCUGCUGGAGAAGGAAGACCUGAGCCUGCCUGAGCUUCUGGAUGAGGAGGAUGUGUUGCAGGAGUGCAAGGUUGUCAACCGGAAGCUCCUGGACUUCCUGCUGCAGCCUUCCCACCUGCAGGCCAUGGUGGCCUGGGUCACCCAGGAGCCCCCAGCCAGUGGUGAGGAGCGGCUACGCUACAACGAAGGAUGACAAUCAACAUUCCAAUGCAUCCCAGUCCCUGUGUGACCUCAUCCGCCUCAGCCGGGAGCAGAUGAUCCAAGGCCAGGACGGCCCGGAGCCAGACCAGCUGUUGGCCACCUUGGAGAAGCAGGAGACCAUCGAGCAGCUCCUGAGCAACAUGUUUGAGGGAGAGCUAUGCCAGUCUGUCAUUGUCAGCGGGAUCCAGGUGCUGCUGACCCUCCUGGAGCCUAGAAGGCCAAGGUCUGACUCUGUGGCCAUGAACAACUUCUUCAGCAGCGUGGAUGGGCAGUUGGAGCUCCUGGCCCAGGGGGCCCUGGACAAUGCAAUAUCCAGCAUGGGUGCCUUGCAUGCCCUGCGUCCCCGGCUUGCCCGCUUCCAUCAGCUCCUGCUUGAGCCUCCCAAGCUGGAGCCUCUGCAGAUGACAUGGGGCAACCUGGCCCCACCACUGGGGAACACAAGGUUGCAUGGUGUCAAGCUCCUGGCCAGUGCUCUGAGUACCAACGCUGCUGCCUUGACACAGGAGCUCCUGGUGCUGGAUGUGCCCAACACCUUACUGGACCUCUUCUUCCACUAUGUAUUUAACAACUUCCUGCACGCGCAAGUGGAGGUGUGUGUGAGUGCCAUGCUGAGCUCCGGGCCCCCUCCAGACAGCAGCUCGGAGACACCCAACCCAAACCCCAUCUUGAAACAUCCCAAUGCCAACCUGCUUGAGAUAUGCUACAAGGACCGGAUCCAGCAGUUCGACGAUGAGGAAGAGGAGGAGGAGGGCCAAGGCUCAGCAGAGUCUGAUGGAGAAUAUGGUGCCUGGCAGGGCAGCCAGCCAGCGAGGGCUUCCCAUGCGGGCCAGCCCCCUGGUGUCCGGAGUGGAGGAAGCACAGACAGCGAGGACGACGAGGAUGAGGAGGAGGAAGAGGAAGAGGAUGAGGGGGCUGCCCAGGCGGCCUGUGGAAGGGCCAGCCCUCCCUCCUUCCCCAGCCUAGGCCCUCAGCCUCCUGCCCCAAGUUGGACAGCCACCUUUGAACCAGUGCCUACGGAUGCCCCAACAGGACCCUCAGUUUCCAAGAAGACAGACAUGUCCUCUACCCAGAUCCAGACCAGCUCUCCAGCCCACCGUGCCCCACAGCUCAGGUCUCAGGACCCCAUACCCCCCUCAGCACCUCAGGAAGUCUCAGACAGCAGCAAAGUAGCAGAGCCCUUGGCCCCCUGCCAGGCCUUGGUUAGUGUUGCGGAUGUCCAGGCCACUCUGCAUGGGAUGUGCUCUGACCCCAGCUCCUUGGACAGUGCAACCAGAGACCCCUCUACCUCUGUCCCAGCCUUUGAGGCCCAGAAGUCCCCCCAGACAGUGGAGGGGGAAAAGAACCCAGAACCUUUGGGGCUUCCCCAAAGCCAGAGUGCCCAGGCCCUUGAGACGCCCAAUGGCUCUACCCCAGGAGGGCCCCUUUGGUGGCCCUCUUGCCCAUUUCCCCAUAUCCUGCAUUCUCUCCUCUGGACUCCAAAGGAGGCUCGUGCCGGGGAGAUGCCCUCACCCUCCCCAUUUGCACUGAGAAGAGAAACUAUGGAGCUCAGUUUCCUAGAAUAAAGAUAGAGAGUCACAUAGAGAGAGAGAGGAGAGAGAGAGAGGUAUAUUAUAUAUUAUAUAUAUAUAUAUACAUAUAUAUAUAUAUAUUGAGGGAGG